UACGCACCUACAUUCCCUCCAGGUUAUGAAAGCGAGGAGCAACGAUACCCCGAGCCAGCGCCCUUCAACGUGCGACCGGGAUACUCCAAGGAAGACAAACCAUGUGCCUUAAACGGAACAAAUGCUCAGUACAAUUCGGGAGAUCGGGAACCUGUCUUCAAAAUCACUCAAGCAAUCGCCGUCGCCGACUUUGACUUGCCCGAGCGUGGACUGAUUGUCUUCGGUCUUGAGGACGGUAAUGGAGAAGAACAAGACAAUGAAAGUGCUUCUCAGCUGGUCUUGCAGGAACGAACGCCAAAGACCUGUUUUACAACAAGUAUGCCAUUCUUUCCAUCCAUUUGA